CUCCUCCCCCUUCGUUUCUCCCUCCCUCUCGCACUCACCUCUGCUCGUCUGAUGUCCCAGAAAUAUCUCCACGACAGCCAGCCACCACCGUCGCCGCCACUGACCCGUAAUUCGCAUUGCCGCCCUGAGCGCAACGAGACGACGCAUUCUGGAGUCUUCUGACCGUCGAUCGAAACACUGUGGACGGACAUCAUUCAUCUGGUUACCGAGGUGCAUGUUUGGCCCACCAGCGUGUAUGGAACAGCUUCCGAGAGCUGCCGCACUUAGUAGCGCGCGCCAUCCGACCGCCACACCUCUUCAGGAACGCCGAUGGCACUGCGAGGGCUCUUUCGCACGUUGCCGCGGCGUCGAUAGCUGCGAUGCGUCCGCGAUUUUCUAGGUCGCUCACGAUUUAGUACCCUGCUCUCAGCGCGCUAUGCGGAACGUUCUUCGCUCCGUUCAGUAACCCACGUUCGUUCGCCAGCUAAGCUCGCGUUUCCAUGUGGCCAUGGAGACCAUGGCGACCAUGGCGACCAUGGCGACCGUAGCAGCCCAGCCGGAAGGGCCGCAGCAUCAGUACCGGCAGCGCGACGAGCGCAGUAGUAAGUCCGGCGGUGCGGGGCACAGCUCAGCUGCACAUCGCUCCAACGCUCGCGCGCUCUCCCUGCCACGUGUCUUCUCCGGCCGGCUCGAGCACCUCAGCAUACCCUCGUCCCCUGGAGCCACCUCAGCCAGCGGGCGGAGCCCUGCUCACCGGGCGCGGGGGAAGCACGGGGAGAACGGCGCGUGUGGCGGCGCGGACGAGGGGGAAUGGGUGGACGGACAUGUGGGUUGCGCGGGCGGGUUGAGAGUUUGGCGCAAGCACGGCCGAGACGGGGAGCAGGGGGAGGGGCGGACGGAGGAGGAGCGCCGGCAACGGGUGCAGAAAACAGAUGAUAGUGUUGGCGGGGAGAGCGAUGCUAGCUCGAGGGGUAGCGAUAAUAGCGAUGAUAGUAGCCUAGACAUUGACGAGGGCGCUCGUGGUCGCGGGGUCACUAGUUGCGGUAAUGGCUCCGGCACUGCUGGCGCUGGCAGCGGCAACUGCGGGAAUGGCCCGAGUAAUGACAGUGCGAGUGAUGGCACUGAUGACAGCAGUGACAGCUCCACCUAUUGUGACGAAGCUACCGAAGCUAACGAAGGUAACGAAGCUACGGUAGCACAAGCAGCGGACAGGACUGGUAGCAAGGCCAUGGGGAUUAAUGGAGUGUUCCAAUACAGAUUAGAGCAUCUCGCCAUCCCCUCGCCGCGCCUACCCCCAGAUACUCCCGAUUCCGCCUCCAUCCCCGACCGGAGUGAAACUCCGCACACGGCUUCCCCCCGCGCCGGCGCUUCCGCCUCCCCUUGCAUUUCCGCCACCACCGCCGCUGCUGCCGCCGCCAAAGCCACAGUCGCCUCUGUCACAGCUGCAGAAGCAUCGGCGGUGCUGCCGCCUCUGCUCUCCGCCUCGUCCACCCCUUCCUCCUCUCUCGCUCCCACUCCCACUCCCUCCGCACCGCCCCCGUCCCUCCCUCUCCCUCUCGCGCCUUUAGGAGUCGCGGCCACUGACCUCCAGCUAACCAACGACAACGCUGGUUCGAAUGCAACCUCCCCUCAGCACAGCUCGUGGGAGGUUAGCAGGGGCAAUUCCACCCAACCGCCAUCCCCGCAAUCCGCCCCAUCCCUCCCUGGCAACCCCGAAGCCAGCAGCAGCGGCGGCAGAGGCGCGUGCAGCUGGGCGGAUCUGUCCCCGCUGCUGGCGAGCCCGCACCCGCUGAUGCAGCAGCUGGAGGACGCCAGUCCCGGGAGCGGCAGCGGCAGCGGGAGGGGGAGGGAGAGGGGCAAGGAGCGGCUGCUGGUGGCGAUGUCGUCGCUGGCGCGGCUGAAGGAGGUGCUGGAGGGGGAGCGGGAGAAGCAGGUGAGAGCGCUGAGGGAGCGGCAGAGGGAGGAGAGGGAGCAGCGGCGCCUGCUGCUGUAUGGACGCUCGGUGUCUGCUGGGGCGCAGCAGUGCGGGAAGGAGGGGCAGCAGCAGCAGGUGCAGCAGCAGCAGGGGCGGCAAGAACAGGGGCGGCAAGAACAGGAGCGGCAACAACAUUUGCAGGAACAGGAGCGCCUUCAGAGUAAGGCGGUGCCACAGCAACCGGAUAAGACAGCGGCCGGAGAAGGAAGUGGAGGGAUGGCGGAGCGGCAAAGGGAGCGAGUUACGGAGCUGGCAGUAUCAGCUGCAGUACCUGCUGUGCGGACACCAGCAGCAGGGGUAGCAUCAGAAACGGCAGCACCACCAGCGUGCGCUGCACCGUCUGCUCCUGCAUCAGAAACAGCAGCAGCAGCAGCAGCACUGGACUCAUCAACCGCCCCAACAGUAUCAGCAGCAGCAUGCGUGCCAGCACGGGAAGGCAGCAUCCAUGGCUCCCCACCCGCCGUCGCCUCUCCCUCACCCGCCGCCACCACACCGCACACUCCCACUUCCCACCCCACAUCGCCGUCCCUCAGCCAUCGCAGCCGCUGGCUGCUAUCUAUCAUGACUCGCUCCAACAGCACCGACAGCGGCAGCUGCAACAGCAGCAGCAGGGGCGGCAGCCCAGCAACCACACCAUCACCCACGGACCCCCGCCCUUUCUCCCCCCACACCAACUCCCCUCACGGGUUCAGCCCUCUGUCCCCCCACCCGCAGCCCUCCACCGCGCCCCGCACCAGCACCCCCACCUCCCCGGCGCAUCCCGCUCCCUCUCCCCGCCGCCCCGCCGCCAGCCCUAGUCGCCUGAGCCUGCGGUCCCUCCUGAGUCCCAGACUGGGCUCCAGCCUCGGUGUGAAAUCAGGCUUGUGGGUGGACUCCCCGAGUGCUGAUAAGCCGGGCGGGCGGGUGCAGCUGAUGCAGUCAGCACUGGGGGGGGCUAGGUCUGUGUCGGUUGAUGGGGGCGGGGAGGGGCGCAGGGAUAAGGGAUGGAGAGAGAAAUGGGGGCCACGGGGGUAUGGGGAGUUUCCGCGAACGGAGAGCGAGGGGUCUAGGGCUGGGGGUGGCAGGAGCCGGCUAUGUGAGGGGCGGAUGGGGUGUCGGGAGGAAGAGGGGGGGGAGGUGGCGGGGCCACGGUGGGAGAUAGAGGAGUGUGGAGGGGGGGAGGGGAGUGAGCUAGGAGAGAGCGUCGGGGGCGCGGAGGAGCAGGCAGAAGAGAAGAGGGAGGGGCGGCAGGCUCACGGAGAGAGGUGCGUGCAAACAUCAAGUGGAGAAGGGAAGGUGACAGGGCAAGGAGAGGCCAAGGGGGUUGUGACAGAGAGAAAAGGAGGGGGGAGAGCGAGAGGCAUGGCAGGGAAGUCAGACUGCAGAGGGGAGGGUGCACGUAUGGUGGCGGUGGGGUCACAGGGCAGCGGGCGAGACCACCAGGGGCGCGCAGCAGCACGGGGUAGGAGCCGCAGCGUGUCGCCAGCCGCGAGGCGCAGCAGGGUGGACGAGCGGGAGUUUGAGCUGGCCUUCUCGCACCUGCAGGUGUCCUGGAAAAAGACUUAGCAGCCCCAGUCAGUCGUGUGCCCCACCUACCCAGUGGACUGCUGAGGCAUGCUCACCUGCUGCCUUGGAGCUUGUGUAUUUCAUGCCGGUUGCUGGUUGCUCUCUAAGCGUCUGCUGGCCUGCCAAUACCCCCUGCGCUGCGCUGCUGCCCUCACUGACAGAAAGGUGACUGGAAUACACUACAAUUGUAUGGAGUUGCAUCGAGUGGCCUAUCAUGAACACGCUGCUUAACACCUUUACAGGGAGUGUACUUCGAGUCGACAAAA